UCUAUACCCGAUUCUUACACACGGAAGGAGAAGAACAGAACAGAGCUUUUAGCUUCGAGAAAACAGAUUAGAUUUGUGAUUUUGUUCAAGGGAUUUUGUGCUACAUGAUUGCGUUCAAAUUGUUGAACAUAUUCAAGGAAUAUGAAGUCUCUUCCGUCGGAUAUUAUGUUAGAGAUACUUUCUCUGGUGCCACUUGAGUCUGUUUCUGAGUGCAAACUACUGUAGUAUGCAAAAAGUGGAAUACUCUCAUCGUUAGCAGCGGGUCUCAUUUCACCAAAAUGCACUUCUGUCACCACCUUCACCAGCUCUAUGAUAAUGAUGGCACCAAAGAUGAUAAUAUUUUUGCUGAAGAGGAGGUUGGUCUUCUUUUUGCUCAAACCACCAAUUGGGAUACAUCACUACUCUAUGGAGGUAAUUUUGUCGAUGUCAUCCAUGUGAAAUUCUCUACCAAAGAAAAGUUCAAAAAGGUCAGUCAACCUCCUUUGCAUAAUAAUUUUUCAUUCCCACACUUGGUUGGAUCUUGCAACGGUUUAGUUUGUAUAUUUAUACUCCAUGACAAACUUAGGGAUCCCAUCUAUAUCUUUAAUCCUAUCACCAAAGAAGAGGUGUAUCUUCCUGAACUAGUUGUAACAGAAAGAAUGUGCAAAGGGACAUCAAGUGGAUUUGGGUACAUCUCAUCGACCAACCUGUAUAAGAUUGUUAGAAUUUUCUACCCUUCCCAUCCCCACAAGGGUCAGAUCCAAGUAUACACGCUUGGUAGUAGUUGUGGAUGGAGAGACAAAGGUACAACUUCUAUAAAUAUGGAAACUGGAAUGGGAGGUAUCCAUGUCAAUGGAAUUAUUUAUUGGCUUGGGGUAGACAGCAUUGGGUCCUUUGAUUUGGCUGAUGAGGAGUUUCGAUUUGUCUCGGUACCUCCUUUUAUGGUUGACUUGAUGUCUGCAUCCGAGGAACAUUGUGGACUAACAUCAUUUGGAGGGUAUUUGUGUUUUUAUGACCAUAGCCAGCAUAUGAAAAUAUGGUCCUAUAAGAAAAAAUGUGGUGAUAAAAAGGAAAGUUGGUGCAUGGAAUUCGAUAUACAAUAUGAAGAUGUGUUAGGCUCGGAAGUGAUUGUGCUUAUGCCAUUGUUGCUCCCCAAGAACAAUGAAAUUAUAUUUUUAAUGUAAUUUUUCAGGGUACAAACGAAGUGUCCUAGUUAUAGUUGUAUGCAAGCAGGAUAACUUUCAUGAUUCAGUAGAUUUGCUUCUCCUUUGUUUUUGUUGUAGAGAACCUGUUGUGGUAAAGUCAGUUGGUUGUGUUGCUUCGAUACCAUCAUGUUUCUCUCGGUGAUGGUUUAUGUUGACUUUCCUUACAAUAUCUAAUCAAUCUUUAUCUUUG